AUGAAACAGAAACUGAGCUGUUGCUGGCAGGUGGCAGCUGCUGUCCUCAAGUCCUGUCUAGCCAACCUGCAAAUCACAUCUCAGAAUGUAAAAGAAAGUAUGAAACUAGCGAUGAAGCAACCGAAAGAUGUGGAUGACACACUGGCAAGGGUGAAAGAUGAAAAGUGUCCUGUUCAAAAUGCAGUGCAAGCCAAGACGAGUGGCUUCUUUAAGCAAAAACCCAACAAGAUUCUCUUCCCAAACUCAAAGCUUUUCAAGCGGUGAGGUAGGGACCUUUCUGAGGCUGAGCAGAAAGAGGUUGAGGACCUCUUCCACAAGUUUGGCUACAACGUUUACCGCAGUGACCAGAUGCCCCUCGAUCGAACCAUGCCAGACACGCGAGAUCCCAGGUGUUUAAGGCUUACAUUUCCUUGUUUAUCUUCUGCUUAUGAUAAUUAUAACAACAAGAACAGCUAUGACCAAUUGGGUUUAAUUGGGUUUAAAUGGUGCCACUAUGAUUCACUGCCAAAGGCCUGGAUUGAUCUGCAUGAUGUCACAGCUCCUGUGAAGAGUCCUUCCAUCGUGGGCAUCCUGGCUGCCAACAGGCUCUUCUUGGGAGAGAUUGGAUCUCUGGAUGGUGGGAUGCUGACCUAUGGAGGGGAGAACGUGGAACUUAGACUGAGGGUGUGGCAAUGCAGUGGGAGAGUCAAGGUCUUGCCUUGCUCCCGGGUUGCCCACCUGGAGAGACACCACAAGCCCUACUCCUUGGACCUGAGUAUUCCCUUGAAGCAAAAUGCCCUGAGGGUGGCUGAAAUCUGGAUGGAUGAGUACAAAGACAUGGUCUACAAGGCCUGGAACACACCUCUCCAGAACUCCGGAAUCGAUUUUGGAGACGUUUCUUCCAGAAUGGCACUCCAGAAGAAACUGAAAUGCAAAACUUUUGACUGGUAUCUGAAAAAUGUUUAUCCAGUCCUGAAGCCAAUCCACAGCACUGCGGGCUAUGGAAGAAUGAAAAACCCAUUGGAUGAAAGUGUCUGCCUGGACCAGGGAGCUAUUCCAGGCAAGCCAAUCAUGUAUUACUGCCAUCAGUACAGUUCCCAGAAUGUCUACUACCAUCUAACUGGGGAAGUCUAUGUGGGACCACUGAUUGCUGAGACAGACAUUGAUGACUGCUGUCUGACACACGCUGGCAAAGGGGAGAAACCUACUUUAGAGCCAUGUUCCAAGGCAGUCAAAAAUAGAAUGCACAUACACUGGGAUUUUAAACCGGGAAGAGCCGUCCUAAACAGAACCACCAAACGAUGUGUGGAGACAAAGAGGGACACUUCAGGUGGCUACACGUUUGUUCUCCAGACCUGCACCACACAAGUGUGGACACUUCAGUACACUGUCGGAAACUGGGGGGUCAAACCAAUGCCCAGUGACCCUCAGAGAGCCUGGGUCAAAGACCUGGGUCCUAGUCGUGGUGCCACCAUUAACGAGCUGCGGGACCUGCAGCCGGCUCAACUGGUGACACACGUCCUCCUGGGCAUCACCUCCAAGAAUCAGGUCUUGGGCCAGCGGGAAGGGGUGCCUAGAGCCCACUCCUGCCUCUGCCGUGGGAAGGGCCUGGUGGGUGACACCUGGGUUGAGAUCAUCACCAUCACCAUCAUCAUCGUCAUCAUCAUCAAAAACUUUGGCUAA